GAGUUUUACGCGGAUCGCCGCCCGCAACGAAGGAAAAGUCCUGAGUGGGCAGGCAAAACUCUCUGGGAGUGGUGACAGGAGUAUAGAGGUGCUCAGAGGAUGCAGAUCUUCGUGAAAACCCUCACGGGUAAGACUAUUACCCUUGAGGUAGAGGCAUCGGAUACCAUCGACAAUGUGAAGACGAAGAUUCAAGAUAAGGAGGGRAUCCCUCCUGAUCAGCAGAGGUUGAUUUUUGCGGGGAAGCAGCUUGAGGAUGGACGCACUCUUGCGGACUACAACAUCCAGAAGGAGUCGACUCUGCAUCUUGUGUUAAGGCUUCGCGGCGGAGCGAAGAAAAGAAAGAAGAAGACCUACACGAAGCCGAAGAAGAUCAAGCACAAGAAGAGGAAGGUCAAGCUUCCCACCCUUCAGUUCUAUAACAUUGAUGACACAGGGACGGUCACUCGUCUUCGGAAGCAGUGUCUGAAUCCGGAAUGCGGGCCGGGAACUUUCAUGGCCAACCAUUUUGAUCGACACUACUGCGGGAAGUUUGGUCUCACGUACGUGUACCAGAAGGCCUCUCAGGACUAAGGUUGGGGGCGCGUCUUUUGUUACGUUUGCGAGGCUGGCGGCACAUCUUUUGUGGUCUAUGUGAGGAGAAAAAUGGACGUAGCGAGGAGGCAGGGGCAACUAUCUAUCUACAGUCGAAUUGUCAGUUGAAGUGGCGAGGAGAUUGCUUUCUGGGGGUGCGUACCACGAGCAACAGCCUAGACGCUGUCCGAUGAGCGUUACUUAAGCGAAUCGGUCUUAGGGUUUCGAGUUUUCGACUAAGUAUCCAACUGGAAAGUGAAUCUGGAGAACUUGGAUCCCAUGCCUGUGGCUUGGAUGUCCUGUUAUGUUGACCUGGCUCUCGAGUUUUGAAUCGUUCUGAGACUUACCGAGUCGUUAUACACGCCAUAUUUGCUGAUAAAAAAAAAAAAAAAAAAAAAAAAAAAGUACCCUACCCUCGGUAGGGUAGUUUUCUCAACGG